AUGGCAAGCCCCGAGGGAACAACGUCCGGUGUCUCGCCUGCCAAGCGCAAGACCGCCAAGCGAGCAGACCAAGCUGAUUUCCCAAUGCUACUCGCAGAUGGCCAAGCCCUCACUCGACACGACAUCCAGUUCGACCUCCUCGCCCAGAUCUUCAGCAACGUCCAUUUCCGCUUCACCCCGCCCAGCUAUGCAGAUCUCAACACAGCGCUCUUUCCCACAGACCGCACCUGGUCCUUUGCCGAGCUGUAUCUUGACUGCAUCUGUAACUCUCCAAAGGCGACAAAGACACUCAAGGACAAGAUGGCCGAGUCACAAGACUUUGCUGUCAAUUUCGGCAAGACGGGCUUGCUCCUCAACGUAGGCAGGAUCAACACGACCCUGGCCUUCUACCACGAGAUGAAGACGCUCAUGCGAACAUAUCACCCCAUACCGGCCUUCCAGAUCGAUCACUUCACUGCGAAGCAUCUCCAGGAUACACCGAGGCUCAAAACGCAGCUCAAGGCCGCCACACUAGAAUCAGAGCGCGCAAAGGGUGCAGCGCCCCCAGCCAAUCUGCGCGAAGUGGCCAUGCGCGCCGCAGCCGGUCAUCGUCCACCAACGAGCGUCAUCGAGCUCAUCUUCUUGCUCAACACCGAGUCCGUCUGGGUCUCGGAAAAAUACUUUCCAGCUGGGCUUAAGCUCGGUGAUCUGUUCCGGCCAGAAGACUCGAUCUUCACGAUAACGUCCGCGCAAAGGUCACACGCCUUUUUGUGGCUGCUUCACCGCUUUCUCGAAGGCGGCAGCGCGGCCUCGGAAGACGCGAUCAGCCCUAUUGUUCGCCCGGCAGAGUUACUAGGCCUCACAGAAGGCGACACCAGUCAGGAGAACAUCGAUACGCCAGAAGAGUUGGAAUUCGGUCGUCAGAUGACGCUCAAACGCUCAACCUUCCUCGCAGAUAACGACAUGGUCAAGCCCGGUCCUGGGGUAGCCGAGCGCGCGAACAAAUCGUCGCAGCCCAAGAAAGGCAGCCAUGAAGACAGCGAGGAACUGCCAUCGCUGAUUGAUCCUGAUAUGCGUCAGACGCCUCAUUGGGAGGCGCAGAACGCUGGUCCGAGUAGCCAACGGAAGCGAGCACAUUCAGAGCUUGAUACGCCUCCGAGUGAUGUCGUUCACCAAGCAGCCAGCCCAGCAGCCAAGCAGCCAGCGAAGAAGAUCAAGAGCGCGGGCUCUCCUGCCAUUAUCGCCCAGGCUGGCCCUAGCGUGGCCGUCAAACCUCGCGCACAUCCCCCAGCAGAGAUCAAGCCGAUCUUGUCGCCAGCUCUGCUACCUACUGUCACGCACAUGCUACCCGAUCAAUCCUAUCCAUCACUUGCACCGGCUCCGCUACCCGUGCUGAGGGCAGCACGUCCGAAAGUCAAGAAAGCGCACAGCGACGAUAUCUUCGAGUACGAUCAACGAUCAGAGGAAGAGAUGUCCCCCUCGCCUUCACUACCGCCAGCUCCCAUGUCGAAGAUGUCUAUCGAUCUCUAUGUCAUUGAGCGAGCGGUUCCUCAUCGUUUCCAAUUCGAAUCUGGACCUGCCGCACGUCGACCUCAUCCGAAGGCAGAUGCUGGACAAGCUACAGAAUACGAUCGAACGGCUGCACUUAGCUCUCGUAACCCGCUGAAAGCUGUAUUUGCAAGGGAUAGAUGGCAAUCCGGCACCGAUCCUGCGGUAGGGGCAUUCUACGAUUCGGACGAUGAUAAAUCGCCAUUGACAUCACGCGACUGCUUACGCCGGCUGAAAGGCUUUCGCGUCAAAGUCGACGACGCAACUGGCGGUGCUGCAUAUCGGUACCUCCACUAUCGCCCUGCCCGUGUCUAG